AUGUCCUUCUAUGGACAAUCCGACCCGCGACCGUUUCAAAUCCCUAGUCCACUCACACCAAUCCCUCCACCAGCUGUAGGCUCCGCAAGAGAUCGUUUCGGGCCUCGGUAUGACGACUACAGGAUGCAUGACCUCUCGCCGUACAGUCAUUCGAGUGGUAGCCCACAGCAAACGGCAUAUGGACAUUCUCCAACAUCGCCCAUCUCGAGCCACGCUCGCAAUUUUGGAGGAGGGCAACCCCACAUCCAAAUGAAUCCGACUGCUACUGGGUACAUGGAUAAUGGCGGCAGCGACGAAAUGGACGAUGAAUCGGUUGUUGUACAUCAGGUUGCCCCGAAGGAUUAUGCUGGGCGUGAAGAAGAAAGAAAGAAGCGUACUUUAAGGAGAGAACUUAACUCGUAUCAGGUCACCAUGAUAACUCUUGGAGGCACGCUAGGCACCGGAUUACUUGUUGCUUCUGGCACCGCACUCUCUCAGGGUGGACCAUUGGGACUCCUAUUGGCUUACAUCUUUCUUGGCUUUGUCGCCUACUGUAUGAUGACUUCUCUAUGCGAACUUUCGUCCUACCUGCCUCACAAAAAGGGGUUCAUCGGUCUCAUUUCUCGCUACGUGCAUCCGGCCAUAGGCUUCGGGCUGGGUUGGACAUAUUUGUGUCGAUUCAUCUUCGUCCCACCGUCUCACAUCAAUACGGCAGCCAUAGUCAUGUCCUAUAUCAAUGACACUACCGAUCGACCUAGCAUCAACCCAGUCCCUUCUGCAGCAUGGAGGGUAAUCUUCAUUGUAGUUGUUGUUGGAGUUAACCUUCUAGCGAUUCGAGGUUUUGGACGGUUGGAGUUCUGGCUCUCAAGCUUCAAGGUGGUCGCGUUGAUCGUCCUCAUUCUUUUUGGGCUCGUCGUGGACCUUGGAGGGGUCCGUCUGAAAUCGGGCAACUUUGAACGCAUUGGGUUCAGAUACUGGCAGCCUCCUGCUGGACCAAUGGGCCAUGGAGUCAGAGGCAACGUUCCUGAUCCCAACCCAACGCAGACUUUUCUUGGAUUCUGGGCAACCUUGGUUCGGGUCCUGUUCGCAUACGAAGGCAUGGAGUUGAUUGGUGUCGUCGUUGGUGAGGCAGCAAAUCCACGUGUUUCGGUUCCGAAAGCCAUCAAACAAACAUAUCGCCUCGUCAUUACGCUAUACAUCACGACCGUUUUCAUCAUCGGCCUGAUUUGUGCCAGCAAUGAUGAUACCUUUACUGGUCGUAGGCAGUCACGCGGUCAAAUUUCCCCUUUUAUUAUUGCUGCCAAUAAUCUAUCUGCACGAGCGCUCGUUCCUGUCAUCAACUCAACGAUCAUUAUGUUUGCACUCUCUGCAGCGACCUCCAACAUUUACACAGGAUCACGUCUCCUUUACGGUCUUGCACUCGAUGGGCAGGCGCCAAAGAUUCUUACCAAGCUCGCCGUAGGUGGACGCCCUCUUCUAGCACUAGCCGCAUGCUCUGCAUGGUGUUUCCUCAGCUACCUUGGACAGAAUGAUGGCAAGGCAAACCAUGCGUUUGACUUCUUUGUGGAUGUGUCGACAACCGCCGGGUCUCUUAGCUGGAUUUGCAUCUUUUGGGCACACAUUCGAUUCCGGCAAGCUCUUCAGGCACAGAAUCAACCUCUAAGCACAUUAAAAUACCUUGCACCUCUACAUCCAUAUGGAACUUGGUUCUCGUUGAUAGUUACGGUCAUAUUUGCCAUCUUCAAGGGGUACGAGAGCUUUGUUAAGCGACAUGUAGGAGGGCUCAUUGCGGCCUACGUCCUCUUUCCGUGGUUCUUUGCGCUGGUUGGAUUUUGGAAGUACUUUAAGCACGGUACGUUUGUACCGCUCGACAAGAUCAAUCUCCAAGAGGGAAAACGGGAGAUCGACCUGGAAGAGGAGGAUUAUUUCAUGCGAAAAGCAGGACAACCACCGCAAUCAUGGUGGAAACGAGUCCUCAACUGA